GCCUUGAGUGCUACAUUGCUGAAGUAACAACAAAAAAAAAAUGAAAGUCAUAACAACCCGUUCAUUGACAUUUCUCGAUUUCAUACGUUUGCCACUGAGCGUAUACAGUGCAGCUGGAGUCAAGAUGUUCCUGUGGGAUGACCAAGAUUUUAUGAGCUGGUGGGAAAAAUUCUUGCUGGUGUUUCAAUUUGUCAACCUCAGUACGAAUUUCUUUGCCAAAGCGUUAUUCUUUGUUUUCGGUCAAUUCGAGGGUACGGUCCAUUUGACAAAAUGGGCUCUCUACUUCAUUUUUGCAAAUAACGGAUUUUGUAAAGUUUUUUCGGUGGCAUUGGGACGCCAUCAGCUCUUCUCUGUGCUGAAAGAUUUGGAGAAGAUUUAUCCCAAGACCCACCAGGAACGCCAAGAGUUUCGUCUAGUGCCCUGCUACCAGUACAUCAUGAAACAUUCGAAAAUCAUGAGCAUACAACAUUUCACCAUUGCACUAAUCUUCGUAGUGUUCCCCAUUGUACAGUCCACCAUUGAGUACUUGACCAGCGACGAUGAGAAUGCCAACUUUGUGCCAUAUACACCCUAUAUCAUGGUAUAUCCAUUCGAUGUAUCUCGGGGCAUUGGCUAUGCCUAUGCCUAUAUUUCGCAGACUCUUGGUGGCUUUACGGUAUCAUGCUAUAUUGUGGGCUCCGAUAUGCUCUUGAUGUGCUCCAUAUAUCAGGUGAUAAUGCACUUUGAUCAUCUGUGCUUGCGUAUUGAGAAUUUCCAAUCGAAGGGCUAUGAGGAGGACAUGCAAGAGAUUUCGAUGGUCUUAGAGCGGCACAAUCUCUUGAAUAAAUUAGCCGAGAGCGUUAAUAACAUUUUCAGCAUUUCCAUACUUCUCAACUAUAUGAUUUCCAUUUUUAUCAUUGUUAUGAUUUCCAUACAAAUUUCAACGGGCUCCGAUUUUGGCCUGGACUUUAUUAAGUUUGUGGGAUUUUUUACAUCGGCCACCACGCAGGUCUACUAUAUUUGCAUGUUUGGUACCCUUUUGAUGGAGCAUAGUGGUCAAGUGUGUGAGGCUUUAAUUGGCCAGCAAUGGUAUAUGGCGGAUGUUCGUUAUCAACGCAUGCUUGUGCUAGCCAUAGCUCGUUCACAGAGGCCAUCUCAUUUGACAGCCUUUAAGUUUUUCACCAUUUCCAUGGAAACGUUUUCCAAUUUGAUGACCACUGCAUAUCAGUUCUUCACUUUGUUGAAAACGCAAAUGGAAGAACAGUAAAUUUGGAAAUUGUCAAAAAUGGCCACAUUACCAAUUAUAUCAACACCAUAGUAGAUUGUUUUGUUUAGAGCACUCAAAAUAAAUUAAACUUAGCUUGAGCA